AUGGCUUCCGACAACGAAUCGUCCGACUCUCGACCUGCAAGAUCGCCGCCUCAGCCAACAUCCUCUCUCUUUCAGUCCAGGGCUACGAAACAGUUAGGCCUCUUCUUUGCCGGCGCCGGCUUCUUCCUCUUCUCGGCCAUGAUCACGCGUCGCUCCGUGGUUCGCAAACAGCUCGCCGCCUUUCCCAAGUUCUACCAGCCCAGCCACUACGCGGCAGGCAAGCAAGGAAAUCCCGAAGGAGGCAUGAUUGCCUUUGAGGCGUUGAAUCUGGCGACGCUCAACGUAUUCAGCUUUGCCAUGAUGAUGACCGGAGGCGCUGCCUGGGCCUUUGAUGUGUCUUCCGUUGACGACCUCAGAGAUAUGGCCCAAAGAAGCAUUCGCGGAUCAGCUGCCCAGACGGAUGAGGCCGCUGAGCGUGAAUUCGAAGAAUGGGCCGCCAAAGUUCUGACAAAGUUCGGCAAGAUGCCCGCUGAGAGCGAAGAAGAGAAAAAGGUCAAAAGUGAGGCCGACUCCAAGACAGGCAAAGAGGGACGGUGA